GACCGCGUCGUUCUCGUGGACUUUUACGCCGACUGGUGCGGGCCGUGCAAGACGCUCUCGCCCAUCCUCGAGCGCAUCACCACGGACGAGUCCAUCAAGUCUGGGAGCGGACUGCCUCUUGACCUCAUCACCGUCGACACAGACGCGGAGGUAGCCCUCGCACAGCAACACAAGAUCCGCUCACUCCCGACCGUCGUCGCGUUCAAAGACGGCCAGCCCGUCAGCCAGUUCAUCGGCGCACUGCCCGAGGCGCAAGUCCGCAAGUUCAUCGAAUCGCUUUGA